GCAGUGCGGAGCGCGUAAAAGCCUGAGCUGAGCGCAGAGUAGCUGUUCGGCUUCCAGAGCAGUAUGGUGCACAGCGUGCCAUGCCGUCUCCCAUCCCGCUGACCCGCCUGCUGCCCAAAGACUUCUGCCCCUUUGUGGACACGGGGCCCUGCAGCAGCCCGCUGACUAAGCACGGCUCCACCUUACAAGUGCCCGCUCAGCGGCUCCAUGGCCGAAUCGCCACUCGGCUUUGGUCCUCGGUUAUCCACUGGAAGCAGCUGCGCUCCGUGCAGCCCGUGGGCUCGGGAGGCUUCGGCUCGGUCGACCAGGCGGAGUACUUCGGAGAGACCGUGGCGGUGAAGAAGGUCAACAGGUCCACCAAGAACAAGCUGGCGUCCCAGCAGAGCUUCUGGGCCGAGCUGAACGCGGCGCACCUGCGCCACGCCAACAUAGUGCGCGUAAUAGCUGCCACCACCUGCGUCCCGCCACAGUGUGGAGACGAAGGCAGCAUCGGGGUAAUACUGAUGGAGUUCGUGGGCAGAAGGAACCUCCAGCAGGUCAUUUACGGUGGCACGGAGCCGCUGGGACAGCACAGGUGCGUCAGGUACUCGUCGGACAUCGUUCACGGCCUGAGGUUUCUCCACUCCCACGGCGUCGUGCAUCUGGACAUUAAACCAGCUAACGUGCUGCUGACCAGCGAGGACGUGUGCAAAAUCGCAGACUUCGGCUGUUCUCUCAAACUGGACCCUGGCUGUGAGGUCAGCGCCGCGAGCCACCAGCCUCUCGUGGGUGGCACGUACACGCACAGAGCCCCAGAGCUGCUCAGAGGCGAGAGGGUGACUCCUAAAGCGGACAUCUUUUCUUUCGGCAUCACUCUGUGGCAGCUUCUCACCAGAGAGCCGCCCUACACCGGCGACAGGGAGCACGUCAUCUACGCGGUGGUGGCUCAUAAUCUGCGGCCUCCUGUUCAGGACCACCAGGUGUUCCGGUCGGAGCCGGGGCGGCUGUUUCGGGCUCUGCUGAGCCGCUGCUGGAACGGAACGCCCCCCUGCAGACCCAGCGCCCAGGAGCUGCUGUCGUCCCUGGAGCAGCUGCAGCCACAGACCUGAUUUGAUCUCCGAAGCUGCGCACGGGUGUGUGGACAGCUGUGGGUUCGAAUAUGUUCAGCUCCAGGAAACGAGCACUGUGCGCUAGGCCAGGUCAAAGCUGAGGAAACGCUGGGCGUCUAUGACUACAUGUUUCUACUGUGCAAAUAAUAAGUGUGAUAGUCCUCAGAUUGUAGCAUUAAAAUGAGCUGGUUUAUUCUCCUCUCAGCUGUUCGUGCUGCUGUCAGGUCGGUCCUGUGGGACCAGGACAGUUUCCUCCCAGGCGUCCUGAUCCAUCUGUGACAGUUUCCAAAUGUUUCUUAAAUGUGUUGUGAAUCCUAGUGUGUGAAACGUGAUAUUUGGGUGUGAUGGGUUUCAUUAAAAUUCUUUUUUAUGCCACGUUUGUCUGCAGUUCACAUCAUUAGAGGGCAGCAGCUGGUCGGAGGCUCGGUGGGCCACUGCUGCCGUGUCAUGGGAGGACACUUGGUGUUCAAGUAGUACAAAACCAACUGUUUACAUUUCAAAUAUUGUGUAGCAGCACUAAACACAUGGGUCCUCUCUGACUGUCAUUGUGUUCGUAUUUAACCACAAACUGCAUUAGAUUCUUCACGUCAGUGUACGGCUGAGGUGGGCCCGGCUACCAGCCUCAUUCAGCCAAUCACAGGUUUCUCCUUAUUUACCAAUCCACCCCCGCACACACAGACGUGCAUCCUGAGCGCGUGAGGAGGUUACCCACUGUCAGAGUUGUCGUUGAGCCUCGUAAUGAUUUGCAGCUGUG